AUGGCCUUCUCGUUUGGGUCAGGCCAGUCGCAAGCUGGCGGCGGUAAGGUGGUGGUGGGACCAGAGCUUCAAGAGGUCGAAACACAGCAAAUCGGGUUUCUGUCCAUCGGAGGAAAUGCAAAAGUUCGACUGCUUCCUACACCAUGGCCGGAGGACUCUCUACCCUCGACGACCUCCUCACUUUUAAGCGUAACGUCAGUAAAGGGCCUGCUUGCGGCUGCUGGGCCAGAGGGGAUAGCGAUUGCCCGCACAGACUCCGUCAGAAAAGCGUACGCGAGCGAACCUUCGGGCGAUAGUGAUAUUAGGCCAUUUCAACCAGAGUUACAGAUACCUCUGUCAGCGAGGGUAUCCCAUCUCGCCUUUUCUGCAGAUGGGAACGUUUUGGCGGUUGCAGUUGAGGGUGGGGACGGGCUGGCCCUCUUUGACGUCGCCGGGCUAUUACAGGGAAAGACGCAACCUACAUCUACACUUAAUAUGAAUGGCGCAACGCUACGAGCACUGUCCCCGAACCCCAACCCCGAUACAUCUGAACUGUUUGCAGCAGUAACGAACAACGGAGAGCUAUUGGUGGCUAAUUUGAAGACAAAUCAGCUCUCUUCCGGUCCAGCUGGUCCAGUGUUGAAAUCCGGGGUCAGCUCUGUUUGCUGGAGUAACAAGGGUACACAGCUUGUAGCUGGUUUGGGAGAUGGGACUGCCUUCCAGUUGAAGCCUGAUGGAGAAGGACAGGCCGAGAUUCCAAGAGCUCCCGAGAUUGGAGGCGAUCACCAUGUCUCUUCUAUCCUAUGGUUGACCAACCAUUUAUUUUUCAUCGUCUAUACUCCAACGAGCGUACCUAAUGGACCCCCGCCUGCGUCUAAUUACUACAUAGCCACCAGAAAACCUCCAGAUCAAUAUGAAUUUAGAAAACUGCCUGAAGUCAGCGCACCCUUUGGCCUGGCGAGACACCCUGCAUACCAAUUUACGGCCCGCAUGAGAGAUUUCGAGCCAAAUCUAAAGGAGGCCCUGAUUGUUGCCUCUACUGCAUCUACAGACAUUGGUCUGAUUACACAGUCGACCGCGGAUGGCACACCAACUUUCGCAACCGUUACAAUGGCUGAUGAUUCUCGAAGAGCAGUGCUGCCUAUGACUGAGGAUAUGAACGAUACGUCACCUAUUGGCAUGUGCCUUGACUUGUCGAGUAGGGAUAGUGUACUAUCUCCCAUCCCUGGAGACGAAGAUAUCAAAGAAUCGUCUUCCCCGCUUCCUGCCCUCCUAGUUUUGACUAAUGAUGGAAUGCUUUCGUCGUGGUGGUUUGUACAUUCAGAGUCGAUAAGACAACAGAAGCCCUAUAGUGGGCUAGCCGCUGUGAAGGCCGGUGGCCAGCAAGGCCAGCAACAGGUUACCCCAGCACCAGCACCAGCUAUGACGGCAACGCCCGCUAAAUCACCAUUUGGACAACCUGCCUUCGGCCAGCCUUCAUUCGGUAAACCAGCGGCGCCUAGCUUUGGCACAAGUUCACCUUUAGGCAUGCAGAGCAAGCCUAGCUUUGGUUCACCUUCCCCUCUUGGAUCAUUCUCCCAGACCCCAGGCGGCAGUGGUUCAUCCUCUGCGCUCGGUUCAACAACGCCACAAACAGGCGGUGGCAUUUCAUUUGGUAGCCCGGCGUUCGGCCAGACAGCUCCGUUGGGAGCUGGAAGAUCUUUGUUCGGACAGCCUUCCAUGGGUGUUGCUGGAUCGACUGCUGGAUCUGGGUUUGCUAAUCUUGGGUCUGGUGGUGGAUUCGGUUCAUUCGCGUCUUCGGGUGGUGGUUUUGCCAGUGCUGCUCAGACAGCUGCGUUAGGGGCUAGUCCCUUUGCAAAGCCCGCUUCAAAUGAUAGUCCAUUUGGAAAGCCUGCCUCUAGCGAUAGCCCAUUUGGAAAGCCAGCUCCCAACAAUAAUCCAUUUGGAAAGCAGACGACUGCUAAUGAAAGUCCAUUUGCGAAAGCUUCUCCCAAUGAUAAUCCAUUCGCAAAGGCCGGUCAACCAUUAUUCAGCUCAUCUAGUACGCCUACCACAACGACUCCGCCAUUUGGACAGCCGGAAAAGCCAAAGACUGGCUUUGGUACCUCUGGUGGUGGUUUCACUAUUGGCUCUCCAGCGAAACCCGAUAUCGCGAGUGAAAUGGACGAGGAUAAACCAGAACCGCCCAGCGGGGCCUUGUCAAUGGGCCCUGCCUUUGGUGAUAUGCUUGGUAGCAUAAAAACCGACACCGCAAAGCCAGCUGAGCCCGCCGUUAGCUCAACCCCUGUAUCUGCGCGGCCUAUUCCCCUAUCCUCCCCUGAAAAGCAGUCUUCACUCGAAGAACAGAAGCUGCCGUCCUUCCCGAGCUUAUUUAAUCCACCGCAGCAGCAACCGAAGCCGCAAACUAACCCGCAAUUCACAACCCCUACAAGCUCCUUUGGUAUGGGCCCCAUGUCAAAAGAGCCACCAUCCACUCCACUAUCACCUCCGAAAGAAUCCAUCCGUUCGCCAUCAACAGUCAAAGCCGAAACACCCAAGGAAGCCCCUCCAACCCCCCUAGCGAAAGCUGUUGAACCGCCGCUUCCACCUGAAUCUACUAGCAAGCUUAGCUAUGCUCCUGGAGAUACGUCUGUGUCUUCUUCCGGUGGUGUCUCGGGCGCAUCAAUUGAAGAGGCGCCGUUGCCUCCGGACUUUGUGAAACCAAAACAACCUGAACUUGUAAAGGAGGCUACAGUUAUUUCAUUACCAGGAGAAUCCGAUGAGGGCGAUGCGGACUUUGAAGACAGCGGAGAGGAAGUCGGACAUGAUCUCAGCCCCACGGAUGAGGCAGCCGAUCACCGUGUUCGAAGUCUAAAGACAUCGCCUGAGAGCUCAUUUGGCGGAGCUGUGGAUAAGAGCCCUAUGUGUGAUUUGUUCACAAAGGGUAGCACCUCCGAGUUGAAAACCGGAGGAGCGAAACCGUUAUUUGGGGAGAUACCGAAACCCAUAUUCCCACCCCCUAACCUGCCAGAGCCUCGACAUCGGUUGAGUCCCCGAUCACCAAGCCCUGUUCGCAGAAGGUCAGGGCAAAUGCUUGCGAGAGCAGACGGUUUCCGAUCAACCAGUGCUCCUAGCGCCCCUGAUCGAGCGAUUACUCGACGAAAGGCCACGCUUGAAGGCUCCAUGCUCGCGAGACAAGUAUCACCCUCACGGGAUCAAACGGAAGACCAGGCAAGGGCUCAACGGGAAGCUGAGAAGCUAGCUGCUGAGACCCAACCACUGAGCGAAGAUGACGAAGACGAGCAGUUGCGCGCAGAUCUAGCUCGACCAAUUUCCCCUUCCCCGGCUUUGGACCCAUUCCUGCCACAUCAAGGCUAUACUGGCGAGAGCAUGAAACCAGGCAUACCGGGACAGGUAGAGCUGUUAUUCCGGGAUAUUAAUACGAUGAUAGAUACACUAGGGAUUAACUCUCGGUCAUUAUCGUCAUUCCUACUUUACGAAGAGUCCGCGAAAGAAAACGACUACAAGCGAUGGUUGAGAAUCCUACAGAGCGAUAGAUGCUCCGACGUGCUCAACGAAAGACACCUACUGUCAGAAAUGGAGAAGUUGCAGUUAGGAGUUGAAGCUCUAGAUGCAGCCCUUCAGAAAGGCAGAGUCGAGGGGGUUCAAGAAAAGUUCGAUCAUUGUCAACAGCUAAUCAGCAAGGAUCUGGUGACACUGCGUGGCCAGUUUGCGAACCUGCAGAGAACUCUCGAUGCGCAUACCGACUCGAUUGCCAUCGCGUCUGCGCCACUGUCGGCAGAACAAGCUGCGCUCCAGCAGGAUCUCCGAAAGGCGGCAACGGAAACACGUUCCAAAGUUGCUGACCUGGAGCGAGAUAUCUCGAUUUUCCGGGCCAAGAUCGCCGAUGCCUCAAGGGCGGCUGGCGCUGAUGGGGACCGCAAAAUGGCACGACCGACUGUUGAAGCGGUGACGUCUACGAUUUCUACCAUGACCAACAUGGCCGAGCGAAAGAGCGGCGAUGUCGAUGUCAUUGAAGCCCAGCUGAGACGAAUGGGAAUCGAUGUCUCGGGCUCUCCAGCUCCCGGACGAAGUAGGGAAGUGUCACCUUUCCUCACACCUCAUUCUAAACGAGUGUCCGCCGGCCGGUUCCCCGCCACUCCCGGUUCUCAGAGCUCCCAGGACGGCUAUGGCCGCAGUGUGUACCAGACGCCAGAGUCCGGGACGGCGGGGUCGCAACGAUUCCGGUCAAGCCUGCUGGGGCGUAGUGCGCAGGGUAAUGCCGGCGACUUGAUCGUUGCAGACGACCUGCAAAACUGGAGAGCCAAAACUGCCCGGAGAAAGGAGGUUGUUGGGCAUUUACGAUCUGCGCUGAGUAACCGCAGCGUCAAGAUACGAUCCCUCGAUGAGUGA